UAAGAACAGCCUGUGAUGGAGGAGCUGUUAACGCUACAUUUCACAAAAACACCCCACCUCCUCAAAAACACAAAAACAAAACCCCCCACGAACCACAUUUCCCCAUCCUCCUCUGUUCUCCUCUGUUUUUCUCCAUUUUCUCAGAGCUCGAAUUCAGAGAAAAUGCCCGCAAAUCAUUCACUUCCAGUUUCUCAGGAGCAAUUAACAGAGCAGCCGGGGCUGCGCAGACGGCUGUCGUCUCUGUCCCUCAAGCUCCAGCCCAUCUCCUCCCCUGCAACUUCAUGGGCACUAAGCCGGUCGAAGUCGGUUUCCGCCAUGGGAGAGUACGCCGGAGGAUCCAUAAGAAAAUGGUGGGUCCAGAGCUGGGCAUGGAUCAUGUCCAGAAAACCCAUUUUUGCCCAGGAUCUGGAGAUGAACGAGGAAGAAACCAAAGUGCUCGGAUCCGACAACAGAGGAAGCUGGAGGCAUGUGUUCUACAAAGUCCGGUCGGAGCUCAAGAAACUCAUGGGAUCUGAUGUCGGUAGCCUGCCGCAAACUUACAGGUACAAUUUUGAUGAUAGCAGGACCAAAACCAAGAAAGUUUACGGCUGAGAUUUGAUGGGUAAGUGCUGCUUUUUGAAAAUAAUCAAGAAAGUUGGGGCCUUUAUAGAAUUAAUAAGAGAUUCAACGGCCCGAAAAUUCGAUACCAGAUCAUCAAAAGUACUGCUUGUUAUUGUUCCAAACAUGAAUAUCAGUGUACCAAUGUAAUUAGACUAUGUUUGUUGUUUUGAUGUUCUUAUUUUUUUGUCAUGUGGGAUUGUUGCUACAGAGGGGUGGGGUUGAAAAAUUAACGGUGGUCUGAGGGGUUUCUCUGCAAAUUGUGGAAAGUUGAAGGAGUGGUGGGCAAGGCAGGGGUGGUGGUGGUACUGAGAUUUAAUCCAACAAUGGAGAUUGCAGAGGUUGCUGCAUAUCAUCAUAAAAUUAGGGAGCAUUUUAUUGAUUAGUAAAUACUAAAUAUCUAUCAUGUUAUUAUUAUUAUUUUUUAAUUACAAAGCAAAUAUUUUUGCAGAUUCUCUUUUAAUAUUUGUAUCAAGUGUUAAUUUAUGUGCUAGUUAAUUGCUAAUAAAUGGAAUAUUUAUUUAUAAAU